CUUUGCUUCUUCCUCUAGCUUGCACACCGAGAUAAAAAUGGAAUCUCUAAAAAAAUUAUAGAGAACACACGUCUUACACAGUGCAAAAGUAAGCUUCUUUGAGGGCAAAUUGUAAUUUUAUGAGUUUAGGUGACUUUCUCUUCUUUUUCCCUCACUCACACAAUGAAUGUCCUCUUCUGAAUCCUGUAAAUUAAUGGAUCCAAACCGGUGACUCACUCGCCUUUACCUCCUCAACAACAGUAAAGCCGCUGAAACAAACACAACGUAAAGGUUUGGGAGAAACCCUUCAGAGAAAACGAUUGGGUGGCAAAGUCGUGGUCAAGUCGGUGUCGGAGAGGGAGGACAAUAUAGUUUUAAACGCCUCACGAAUUAGGAAGAAACGCGAUUGAAAUACAUACGACAUAUGAGCAUCAAUGAGUGGAGCCAUUGACGGCCACCAAAUGUGUUGACAAUGUUAUAAAGAUUUAGCUGCAUGAGUUGCCAUAGACGGGGUUGCCGACAUGGCCAGCUCCUCCUCCAUUUACUCAAAAGGUGUUCAACCAUUUUGUCUUUUGAUACCAUUAAAUGUCUCCAUGCACUCUCCUUCACAAUUGGUCCCAUUCCAAAGCAAUCCAUUUUCAUUCACAACAACAUCCUCUCCUCAUAUAUUUCCCUCGGUGAAGUGCUCCACUCACGCAAGAUGUUCAACUGUAUGCCUCAUAGAACAAUUGUCACUUACAACACUCUCAUCACUGCAUAUUGUCGACUUGGGGAUGUGGAUAAUGCAUGGGACCUUCUCUCUCACAUGAGCAGGAGUGGUUUUGUGCCUACCCAAUACACCCUCACUAGACUGUUGUCGUGUGAGUUCUUGAAUCUUUCACUGGGUGCUCAGUUGUAGGCUUUGAGCAUCAGGAAUGGACUCUUUGAUGCUGAUUCUUUCGUAGGUACUGCUUUAUUGGGCUUGUUUGCGAGGCAUGGAUGUUGGGAUGAAGUCUUUUCUGCAUUUGAAUAUAUGCCCUAGAAGAGCUUGGUGACAUGGAACUCGAUGAUGUCCUUGUUGGGGCGUAAUGGGUUUGUUGAAGAGUGUAAGAUUUUGUUUCAUGAUCUUGUGAGGAUGGGGAAGUCUUUGUCGGAAGGUUCUUUUGUUGCUGUGUUAUCUGGACUUGUUUAUUCCGAGGAUGAUUUGGAAUAUGGUGAACAGAUACAUGGGUUAAUGGUCAAAUGUGGGUUUGGUUGUGAAAUUACUGCACUUAAUUCUCUUAUUAGUGCGUAUGUCAGGUGCAAAGCUAUGUUCGCAGUGGAAAGAUUGUUUGAGCAAGUUCGUGUUCAGAAUGUUGUUUCUUGGAAUAUAGUUAUGGAUGCAUUGGUUAAAGGUGAGAGACCUAUGACAACACUGGAGUUGUUUUUGAAUAUCUUAAGCAGAGGAUUGAUGCCAACUCAGGUCACGUUUGUUGUUGUUAUUGAGUCCUGUAGUUGCUUGAGAAUUCUUGUAUUUGGAGAAUUUGUCCAUGCUAAGGUAAUCAGGAGUGGCUUUGAGACUGAUGUUAUUGUGGGUACUGCAUUGAUAGACUUUUAUGCCAAAUGUGAUAAGAUUAUUUCAGCUCAUAAAUGUUUUGAUCAGAUAGAAGAGAAAAAUUUGGUUUCUUGGAAUGCUUUGAUAGUGGGUUACUCAAACAUUUGCUCUUCCAUAGCAAUUCUAUUGUUACAAGAAAUGUUUCAAUUGCGUUAUUCCCCAAAUGAGUUUUCAUUUUCUGCUGUUCUCAAGUCAUCUUCAGCGUCUAGCCUUCAUCAGUUCCAUGGUUUGAUUAUAAGAGCAGGGUACGAUAGUAAUGAAUACGUAUUAAGCUCUCUUGUUUUGUCUUACACUAGAAAUGGUCUCAUAAAUGAAGCACUUUCUUUUGUCAAUGAAUUUGAGAACCCACUUCCCGUAGUCUCAUCUAAUAUCAUUGCUAGAAUCUAUAACAGAACUUGCCAGUACUACAAAGCAAUAAAGCUACUUUCUUUGCUAGAAGAACCGGAUCUUGUGUCCUGGAACAUUGUCAUUUCAGCUUGGGCUCGGAGCAAUGAUUAUGACAAAGUUUUUGCACUUUUCAAGCAUAUGCAUUCAGCAUGCAUUCUUCCAGAUAGUUACACAUUUAUGAGUGUAUUAUCUGGGUGUACCAAACUUUGUCGUCUGGAUUUGGGUACUUCUCUACAUGGACUUGCUAUAAAAACUAAUCUUGGUAAUUUCGACACAAUUUUUGGCAACGUACUAAUUGAUAUGUAUGGGAAGUGUGGAAGCAUCGAUAGUGCAGUGAAAGUUUUUGAAGAAAUUAUGCACAAAAAUAUGAUUACUUGGACAAUACUAAUCACUGCACUUGGGUUGAAUGGUUAUGCUUAUGAGUUGGUAAUGAGAUUCCGAAACAUGGAAAUGAUAGGGUUGAAGCCCGAUGCAUUAGCACUCAGAGCAGUGCUUUCUUCAUGCAGAUAUGGUGGAUUAAUGGAAGAAGCCAUGAAAAUUUUCAGGCAGAUGAGAGCCACUAAUGGGAUGACACUAGAAUAUGAUCAUUACCAUAUUAUUGUUGACCUUCUUGCAAAAACUGGACAAAUUAGAGAAGCUGAGUUAAUCAUUGCAAGCAUGCCUUUCCCACCAAAUGCCAGUAUAUGGCGUAGCUUUCUUGAAGGCUACAGUAUGCAAUAGCUUGCAAAUUGACUUUUGUACAAAGCCAUUAACCUUUUGACAGGAAUUCACUGAACAUAUUUUUGCUGUUUGGUUGUUCAACCUUUAACUCUAGAGCACGUGCUUGAUUUUGUUUUUUUUUUUGAAAACCCUUUUUGUGCAUAUUGUGUAUCUAAGCUUGUUUCUUCCUCUUUAGAAGUCAAAAUUCUAACUCAUCAUAUCAGGGACUUAGCUAUGAGAUUCAUAUGUUCCUUUAGUGUCUGUAUUGUUUCCUCUGGAAUUUGGAUAUUACAUGUGGCUAUUUGCUAUCAAAUCAUCUCAGUCAUGACAUAAAGAUUCAUUCAUUAUAGUCGUUCCUAAGAAGUUUGGUUGAGGCAAGCACACCACAACCAAAAUGGCCAAGCAAAAGAAUUCUCUCGAACCAGUAAUGGUAGUUGCUCGUGACAGGUGAGUGGGACUAAAGCCAACUGGAAAACAGUACAAUGCUCAAGUAAGGUAUUUCGGCAAUGAGUAUUACAUGCGUUGAAGAUGGAGCUCCUAUGAAAUAAAAAAUCUUAUUAACCGUAUUAUCAGCAUUCUUGUUAGCCAUAUUGUGAGAAGCAACUUCCAUAGUUUCGGAGCAGCGAUCUUAUGAAAAACAGCAGAAUACUAAAAAAAUCAAAUUUCUCAACUAAGUACUAUAUUGGAAAGCAUAAAGCAAUCUUCAGAGUUUAAUCAGCCACCACAGCAAGCAGAGUUUGUGCAGACUUAUCGUGAAAUACAGGAUGUAAUUGAAGGAGAGGACUUUCAAUCAGAACAAGAAGGAAAAAAGCAGUUGGAGCAAUCUGAAAAACCUGCAGAUUGGUGUGAAAAACAGGAUAGCAUACCAGCUAUUAUUGUUCAUGAUUCUAAUAUUUUAGCUGAUGCUUCCUCUGAUUUUAUUGAUAUUGUUUCUUAUGAUUUGAAUGUUAUUGCUGCUUCCAAUUUUGAUAAUGCUGAUUCUGACUUUAUGCCUGCAGUUCAAUAUGGUUCCAUUGAUGUUCCUGCUUUUUACAUUAAUUUUACAGCUGUUGAUUUUCAUAAUAAUACUGCUGACUGUUCUAAAAGUAUGGUUGAUCCUGUGGUUGAUAAUCACACUGAUUUUAAUGAAAUAACUGCAGUUCACACUGAUUUUACAGUUAUUGAUGGUCAUAUGGAUACAACUAUUAAGGCAAUUUAUGAAAAUCUUGCAGUUCAAGAUUUUGAUAAUGUUGUUGCUGAUUUUGAUGCUUUUUGAUCAUAUAGAUAUUGAUCUUAUUAAACCUAUUGCUGACAUUGCUAUUAUUGAUUUCACUUCCAAUGCUCUUGAUUUAGUUUAUGCUGUUGACCAUAUUGAUAUAUUUGCUGCUGUUUUUGAUCCAAAUGUUGACGUUGCUGAUUGAUCUGAUUUUGCCAUAGUUUUAAGUGAUAACAAUGUUGCAGUAGUUGGUGAACUUCAUGGUGCUGUUUCUGAUCUUGAUGUUGAUUUUAUUACUGCUACUGUUGAUUAUGAUUUUAAUGCUGCUGAUUCUAAAUUUUAUGUUCAUUCUGAACUGAAUAAUGUGGCAGUUGUUGCUGAUUUUACUCCUGUAGUGUUUGCUGAUUUUUCAAGUGCUGAUUUUGCAAUUGUUGAUGCUGAUAUUCAUACACCUCUCAUUCAAGACAUUCAACAACCUUCACUGGAUGACGUGUGUCUGCUGCAACAGAAUUAAAGAGAAAGCUCAUUGCUGAAAAGGAUAAAUUCUAUAGAAGUGUUGAGCAUAAGGAAGCAAAGCUGAAGGGUCAAUUUAAAUUUUUGUUUGUAAUAGUAGUGGUAGAAAUUUGAUAUUUUUUGUAGAUAGUAUAGGUAGUAAAUUUGGUAUGGUGAAUAGAAUGAUAGAAAAUAAACUGUAUUACAUAGAAAUAAAGAAAAUAAAUUUUGAUUUAUGUCCAAUUUGAGUUGGGCAAUGUUUUAUAGAUUAGUCUAGUUUCCUGCCUUUUAGUUUAGCCCAACCUAGUUUUCUACAGUUUAUAUUUGUUUGUUUUGUUACCUUUCAUAAUUAGUACUAGUUUGUAGAUGUUAGGAUUCUUGUUUCAUUUCAGUUUCGAUGUUGUUCUUCUAUUUUUCUGAAUUUUUUGUUUGCUUUCUUUUUUACUCUCACUCACAUUCUCAGUCUCAAAUUUCAGGUACAAAUUUCAUACAAUUAUCAAUAUAAUUUUGAUCUCUUUUCCAAUCUCCUUUCUUCUUGAAAGCGGUAUGAGCCAAAUACAAUUGACCUAUGGGUUAACAGUGAACUAGACCUAGAUAGAUCUACUAAUGGAUAAGUCAUGGAUUGAUAUGCCAAGGUUUACAACUGAAUAUUUUGAUGGGUUAAAUUUGGAUGACUACUUGUCAUAUGUUCUGAAACAAGAAGGAAGUGAGAGAUUUUUUGCUUGGGAGAUUGAAAAAGGGUGUGGCGAAGUGCUCAGGCUUUAGAUAUGUGCCCUUUAAAACUAAGAAAGAGAGAAUUGUGCUUCAUGGUAAUAGAGCUCAGUGUUAUUUUCUUCUUAAAGAUGCAGAAGGUGCCAUCAGUGAUGCCACUUGAGCACUGUGCCUAUCAGGCGUUGCGUGUCCUCACAAUUAGAGUUUAUGGAGAAGAUAACAAGCUUAUGACAUGAAAGGGCUUGGUUAAGAGAGCUUGAUGGAUUGUUUAACGUUCAUGAACUCAAAGGGGUUCAAGAUGCCAUAUAUGCAACACGAUUUUCCAACAAGCAAAUGAAUUCCACUUGGCUCUUUUUCACCUUAGUCAAAGUGGUGUAACAAACACCAAGAAAUUAAAGAAUUUGUUGCGAAUUUGGGUCAGAAAUCGAGGAGAAAAAUGAAAGGUAUGAGCCAAAUACAAUUGACCUAUGGGUUAACAGUGAACUAGAGUAAGAAAUUUACAUGUACUUCAUUUGUAUGAGCCAAAUAUCAUACUAGUCAUAAACUAAUGAUAAUUUAUUCCUUAUAUAGGUUUUGAAUAAUUUAUUCCAAUCAUUUACAACUUGGUUUUUUCCCUUGAACUCAGCCUAGAUAGAUCUACUAAUGGAUAAGUCAUGGAUUGAUAUGCCAAGGUAUACAACUGAAUAUUUUGAUUGGUUAAAUUUGGAUGACUACUUGUCAUAUGUUCUAAAACAAGAAGGAAGUGAGAGAUUUUUUGCUUGGGAGAUUGAAAAGGGUGUGGCGAAGUGCUCAGGCUUUAGAUAUGUGCCCUUUAAAACUGAGAGAGAAUUGCGCUUCAUGGUAAUAGCGCUCAGUGUCAUUUUCUUCUUAAAGAUGCAGAAGGUGCCAUUAGUGAUGCCACUUGAGCACUGUGCCUAUCAGGCGUUGGGUGUCCUCACAAUAAGAGUUUGUGCAGAGGAUAACAAGCUUAUGACAUGAAAGGGCUUGGUUAAGAGAGCUUGAUGGAUUGUUUAACGUUCAUGAACUCAUAGGGGUUCAAGAUGCCAUAUAUGCAGCACGAUUUUCCAACAAGCAAAUGAAUUCCACUUGGCUCUUUUUCAACUCAGUCAAAGUGGUGUAACAAACACCAAGCAAACACCAAGAAAUGAAAGAAUUUGUUGCAAAUUUAGGUUAGAAAUCGAGGAGAAAAAUGAAAGGUAGUUAUGAGUUGGUAUAUUGUAGAGGAACCUUUGAGUAGAAGAAGAGGAUGGGAGAGAAGAAAGUGUAGAAGGGUGAGGGAGGGUAGAAAAUUAGUGACUGCAGAUGUUAGAAGAAGAGGGAAGGGUGAGGAACAAAUUGUUCUAUAUGAAGGUUCUAGCAUGGAGGAGAUGGACCAUACUUGAUGCCUCUUUCACACUGGCAUGCCCUGUACUUUUUCCUUCAUUCACAAGAAAGGGGGAAAGAUAUUCUUCUACCUUUUCCGUUUUAAUUGCUUUCGACCAUAAAUUAGUACACAUAUAAAAGAAACCAAAAAAGGGAAGUGAACAAGUGCUUAAAUCAACUAAUAUCAGCUUAAUGAAUAUAAUCUUGAAUUUGAAUCUGAAUUAUACAUACUUAGAGAAUCAUUUGUUCAACUUUGCUACCGUAUGUGUUCCUCUCACUAAGCUUGGAAGUGUACUUUAGUUUAAUCCCCUUAUUGAAGUAUGAAGCUAAUUAACUUUUUCAUUCUAUAAUUAUGCUUAUUGCUUCUCAGUUUAUAACCAAACAAGUCCAUGAUCUCUUUGUCUUUCUAUAAAGAUUUGAGGAAUGAAUCACUCCUAUUGGCUUCAAAAGAACAGAAGAUUGUGAAGCUUUAACUUCUAAGCCUAAAGCUAAUGAUAAUGUUGAUGCUUCUCCUUGUAAGAAUAAUAUUUCUGAUAGAUGUCACAUCAAACGAGGUCGGGGAAGGAAAUUAAAUAGCAUGGGGAAUAAAGGUGUUCAUUCCAAUUCUUUGUCAAUGUUAACAUUAGGCUUUUGACAGGGUGAUAUUAGGGUUGUUUGUUUGGUGGAAAUUUCCCCUCUAUUAUUUUUUUUUGUCCUAUUUUAUA